AUGUCGUGUGAGACGACAUACACAGAAGAUACAGACGCUUCGAUCAACUGCAAUGAGACGGCUAAAUGGUGUGAGGUCCUGAAGCAGCAGCCCUUCUCAGCCUGCCACCUGGUGGUGGACCCAGAGCCCUACAUCUCAGCCUGCAGCAGCAGCCUCUGCAGAUACCCCUCUGUGGAUGGAUUCAACUGUGACCUCCUGGAGGCCUACAGCAGGGCCUGCUCCAUGCACCGGGUCCAAGUGGAAGACUGGAGGACCCAGACCAAAUGUGCUGAAACCCACGCCACUUGUCAGGAAAUGUACUGCAGCGAGCACGAGUUUUGUGGAGAAAAACACAACGGAUGGGAAUCUGGAUGUCUGUGCAGGGCCAUCUUUGCCUCUAAAUACAGAGCAACAAACACUUUCGGGGGGCCCACGCGGUGCCGGGGCCUCGGAGCCACCCUGACCAUGGCCACGUGUCUCCUGGAGGAACGUGGCGUUGACUACAACACUCUGCACAUGAACGACCAGUCCUGCGUGGGGCGCGUGGACAACGUCACUCACAUGGUCACGUUCAGCUUCGACGAGAUCAACACCUGUGGCUCCGUGGUCAAGUCAAAUGGCAGUAACAUCAUCUACGAAAACUCCAUAAAGACACAGAACAGCUCCAACUUUGGAAUCAUAACCAGACAUGAAGAUGCACAGGUGCAGUUGUCCUGUCACAUCGAGCAGCCGGACACUCAGUCUGUGGGAUCCGGGUCAAAGACAGACAUGGAGAUAGAAGUCGACCAGCGGCUCUACCUGGAGCUGGCGGCGGAUGGUCUCGAUGAAAAGCUGCUGUCUCUGGUUCUGGACUCCUGCUGGGCGACUCCGGAGCCUUCACCCAAGAGCAGCUUGAAAUAUGGCAUUGUGGAGGAGGGUUUGUCCGUGGACUUGUCCUUCAGCAUGUUCCAGUUCACGAGCCGCUCUGGGAACGUGUACCUGCACUGCCAAGCCACGCUCUGCGUCAAUGAGGAGGGCCCCUGUGCUCCUAAAUGUGACAACGUUUUCAGGAGGCGCCGCUCUGUCUCGCACUGA